AUGGCAGGAGGUACCAAACGAUCCCGUCAAGAUGAUAUUGAUACACCCAUUACUCCCCCUCCAUCACAAGAAGUAGAAGAUACCCCUACGCCAACUCCAACUCCCACUGCUACUCCUACACCACCUAUAACACGUAAUUCAUCUUCCUCAAUUCAUACGAGAAGGCAAGCCACCACCGGUACCAAUAAUGACACCACCACCACCUCAUCUCGACCACCAUUGACCCGAUCAUCAGCAACCCAACCACCACCACCCCGUAAUAACGGUUUGGGCAGGUCGAACUCCCUGUUCAACAUGUCAACUAGGAGAUCCGGUCUCACCUCAAUUUCAUCAUCUUCCUCUUCCUCUUCUUCUACCUCGUUUGCUAUCCCUUCUGGCUCAGGGUCAAGUAGGGUCGGGAUGUUAACGCGUACUCAAUCUACCCCGUCUAUCACUUCGCCCAGUCAACUCAAGGCAAUCGAAGGAGGAAGUGGCGGUAGUGGGCCAGCAGGAAAAGGUGAUCCCGAAGAUGGUCUGGGUGGUGGUGGACCUUCAAAGAGGUUUGGAAAAGGGAAAGAGAACAUACCACCUAAGAAGGACAAUAAUGAGAAUUCGUCUUCUGGCUCUGGCGGACAGGAAGGUGGUUCUCAGAGGAAAAGACCUAGAGUAUCAAGUAGAGCUAGUAUGUCCGGUUCAGCUAGAUCGAGGGGAAGAAGUGGCAGUGUUGUCAGUGUGAGGAGUGAGACUAGUGGUCGACACUCUUCACUCGCUCCUUCAUCUUCUGCUUCAUCCAUUGCAUCGUGGUCUGCGCGUCUCCCUUCUCCCGCUCCUUCCCAAGCAUCGUCCAUCACCCCCUCACUCGAUUCGGUCACUUCGGCCGAUCCUCUCGAUCUCAUCAAGGACGAGGACGAGUUCGAUGUCGAUAAGACACCUACCAAGGCUAGACCAGUCACUCGAUCGACCGUACUUCCUCCUACUCCACCACCUUCUUCCCCUUCCCUACGUGACGUGGAGAUCAAGUCGACCACUGAACGCGUCAACCUCAUGCGUAUGUAUAGUGAUAAAACCGAAACCGACGAGGAUGUCGAUAUGUCAGAAGACAAAGCAAUAAAGUUGAACCCAUAUAAACAACUCAAAGCUCAUCUGCGACUAUCGUCUGCCACCUCUGAAUCCACAUCUACCGAUCAGGUCAUCAUCGGUCGAGAAGAAGAGAAAAAGGUGUUGAGAUCGUAUCUGACCAACAGGAACGAUGUUGAUGUGGGCAUGUACAUCUCCGGUCCACCAGGUACAGGUAAAACCGCUCUGGUCACUGCUCUAGGAAGGGAGUUGGCCGAAGAAGGUUGGAAGGUCGUUGAAUUGGGAUGUAUGGGUUUGAAAGUCACUGAUAUCUGGAGGAGGUUGGGUGAAGAGUUAAUUUGUGGAAAAACCGAAAAAGAUGUAAAGGACUUUAUCGCUCAGGCAGAUUCUAAAGUGUUCAUUAUUCUCGAUGAGGUUGAUUCACUGAUGCCACCACCACCUUCUAUCGCACCUCCAGCCACUUCCCACUUACUCACUAAGCUUUUCUCUCUUCCUUUACUCUCGCCAACCGUCAAACUUAUUUCUAUCUCCAAUACACUCGAUUUGACACUUCGAGCUCGACUUGUUCUACCUGAUAGCGCCCAGCCCUUGGUGCUCCCUUUCAAAGCUUAUAAUGCGGGUGAAAUGGCACCUAUCGUCUCAUCUCGAAUUGCCGCUGCAACUGCUACCAUGUCUCACGACGGACAGGCCAUCAAGAUCGAUCCUACCGCCAUCACUCUCCUGACUAAGAAGGUCGAAGCUCAAAAUGGUGAUCUGAGAAUGUGUCUUGGUGUACUCUGCUCAGCAAUCACUCUAGCCGAGAACGAAUGGUUGAAAAAGAAAUCCAACCAGGCCCUAGCGGAUGGUGGAGAGAAAAAAGAAAUUCCAAUGACCAAAAUCGCCGUCACGCAUAUACUUAAAGCUCUAACUUCUUAUACUCAACAACUGAAAUCUGCCGCUGGAUCGACAUCUUCCAGCACCGGUAGUGCGACAAGUAAGAAAAUCAGAUCGGUACAGAUCCAAGGUAAAAUGGUCUUGGUAUCCCUUUUGGUCUAUUUGACUAGGGUGAAAUACGGAUUGAAUGGAUGUCCAUCGAUCUCUACGAGUAAUGGACAGAUCACACCUCCGCUUACACCAUCGAAAUCUUCUUCCAACCUGAAUGGUGAAUUGACUGUACAGAACCUGUAUACUACGUAUUGUCACUUAUUAUCACAUGAUCAUUCACCUUUCCCACCAUCGCCCGAAUCGGAUUAUCGAGAUUUACUGUCCAACCUUGAAACGUUAGGUCUGGUCAGUAUAGUAGGAGGUGGCUCGGGAUUAGGAUCGAUCGGUUUGAGUAGAUCUUCAAGUGGAGGAAGUGGAAGUUCGACGAGAUCUAAAUGUUCUUCUUCCUCGGGAGGAGGUGGGAAGAUUGAAUUGUGCGUUAAAGAAGAAGAAUUAAAGGAUGGUUUAGGUCUUGGAUCUGUAUCAGGAUCUACAAAAGUGCAGAAUAAGGGGAUAGCGGAAGAGGAGGUGAAUAAGAUUUGGGAGAGGGAAGAAGGAAGAUUGAAGAGGAUGAAAGAGAAGGAAAGGGCUAGACUAGCUGGUUUGGCUGAUGGGACGAGUGAACAGUAUAUCUAA